CCUCAGCCAACCCGGGCUGUGCCGAGCUGCUCCCUGCGGGAUCAGAGCGCUCCCCCGCCGGGACCCUUCUCUCACAUCCCCCUGCUGGGACGCGGCUACAUUUCCAGCCAAGCGCUGCCUGCCUGGGCUUUAUUAUGUGUGUCUGCGCCGCAGCCCCGCCAGCAGAGGCAGGCAGAGGAGGAGAAGGAGGAGGAGGAGGGAGACUGGUAGCCAGAGUCAGGACAAAGAAAAAGCAGGGAGACAGAGGCUAGCGAGGGGUUCGGCUGGUACAGGCAUCGGGCUGCCAUUAAAACUCCUUGUAGUAUUAACCAACAACAACAACAAACAAAAAAAAAAAGAAACGAGAGAGAGAGAGAGAGAGGGAGAAGGCGAGGGAGCGCGUGGGCUGUAGAAGCAGCGGGCUGUUCCGCGCGGGGUGGAGAUGCCGGGGAAGAGCGCAACGUCCAUGCCGCCAGACCGCCAGCGCCGCCGAGUGUAGCGCGGCGGGGACGGGAGCGAGCGCGGGAGGCCGGUCGCCUCGUCGUCGGGGGGGUGGGGGGGUCGGCGCCGCUUUUUUUUUUCCUGGAUGAUAAAAAUCCCAGAACAGACCGAAAUAGUUACGAUAAACUAAAAAACGAAGAAAGCAAGAAAAAAAAAAACAACAACAACAACGGACGAAGCUUGGAGGAGCGCGCGCGAGAAGAGGAGCCACGUUUCGUUUCAUCGGGAGCAAUUUUUCCCCGAGAACAUCCCGCCCCCCUCAUCCCGUCGCCUCGCUUCACCUGGACGGUCACCGGCCGCGCUCACUCCUCCCUCUCCGCAGCGCCCCCCUCCCCUCCCCUCCCCUCCCCGGUCCGCGGGGGCCGGAGGAAGUCGAGAGAAGCGUACCUGCGGAGGGAGACGACCGACCCGACGCGCGCACGCACGGACACACGGAAAGCGGCGCGGCUGCCGCAGUGCAACAGGCGGCGGAGGCGGCGGAGGAGGAGGAGGAGGAGGAGGACGGAGAGCCCGGCGGCGGCGAGCCGAACGGAGGGACAUUUAGAGAAUAAAGGACAUUUGAAACCGCACGGAGGACGAGCUUUCCCCCGCGACCGGCGAUGUCGAGGCGAAAGCAGGCCAAGCCGCGCGCCGUCAAAGCGGUGGAAGAAGGAGAGUCCUCAGAGUGUGGAGGCACCUGGGAUGAAUCAGCUGUCCACACAGAAGUCCCGGCGUGUGACCGAGACACGGACCCCAAAGACGGUCACCGGGCCGGCGGCGAGGACGGGGAAGCCGAGGAUCACGAGGAUCACGACGACGACCUCGACGACGAGUCCAUCUUCACCUGCGACAACUGUCAGCACGACUUCGACUGCCUGGCCGAGCUCACCGAGCACAGAACCAACCACUGCCCGGCCGAUGGUGACGAUGACCCAGCAGGCCUCUCCUGGGUGCCUUCCUCGCCCUCCAGCAAAGACGUGGCGUCGCCCUCGCAGAUGCCCGACGGCUGCUGCGACCUCGGCAUGGCCACCGGCGGCGAGGAGGAGGGAGGCGCCGGCCUGCCGUACCCCUGCCAGUUCUGCGACAAGUCCUUCAGCCGCCUGAGCUACCUGAAGCGCCACGAGCAGAUCCACAGCGACAAGCUGCCCUUCAAGUGCACCUUCUGCAGCCGCCUGUUCAAGCACAAGAGGAGCCGAGACCGCCACGUCAAGCUCCACACAGGCACAGGAGACAAGAAGUAUAGUUGCCAGGAGUGCGAAGCCGCGUUCUCCCGCUCUGAUCACCUGAAGAUCCACCUGAAGACUCACAGCUCCAGCAAACCCUUUAAGUGUAGUGUGUGCAAGCGUGGCUUCUCCUCCACCUCGUCACUGCAGAGCCACAUGCAGGCUCACCGCAAGAACCGAGAGCACCUGGCCCUGAGGAGCGAGCGGGACGGAGGGAAGAAGGGAGCGGGAGGAGACGUCGACCUGGAGCAGGACCUGUACAUGUGCGAUUACUGCGAGGAGACGUUCGGCCUGACGGACGAGCUGGAGAAGCACGUGCUGACCAGACACCCCCAGCUGUCGGACCGGGCCGACCUGCAGUGCAUCCACUGCCCGGAGAUCUUCCUCGACGAGGCUUCCCUCCUCACGCACAUCGAGACGCAGCACGCCAACCGCAAACACAAAUGUCCUGUCUGUUUGGAGCAAUUCCCGUCCGUGGAGGACGUCUACUGCCACCUGGACAGCCACCGCCAGCCGGACUCCUCCAAUCACAGCGCUGCCAGUCCCGACCCGGCGCUGGGCAGCGUGGCCUCAAUGAGCUCGGCCACUCCGGACUCCAGCGCCAGCCUGGAGAGGGGCUCCACGCCGGACUCCACCCUCAAGCCCAGCCAGGGCAUCGAGCGGCUGCGCAGGAGAGGCAUGGAGUCCGUGGACGACAUCGGGAUGACCCUCAGUCACAAAGGUGGAGGGGGAGGAGCCAACUGGGGUAAAGUGACGUACUCUUGCCCGUACUGCUCAAAGAGAGACUUCCACAGCCUGGCGGUGUUGGAGAUCCAUUUGAAGACCAUCCACGCAGACAAGCCGCAGCAGAGCCACACGUGCCACCUCUGCCUGGACACGCUGCCCACGCUCUACAACCUCAACGAACACGUGCGCAAAGCUCACCGUGCCGGCGGAGGGGCCGUGGGCGCGGUGGCGGUGGCGGCGGCGGCGGCGGCUUUCCCCCUGCUGCAGUUUGCCAACGUCACGGCGUUCCACUGUAACUACUGCCCGGACAUGUUUGGAGACAUCAACUCUCUGCAGGAGCACAUCAGGGGGUCGCACUGCCUGCCUGGUGGGAUGGUGGCAGGGUCCACCACAUUAGAAGGGAACCAUGCCUUCUUCUGCAACCAGUGCUCCAUGGGAUUCUUGACGGAGUCGUCGCUGACGGAACACAUCCAGCAGACACACUGCGCCUCCGUCGCGGGGGGCGGCGGCGGCGGCGCUUCAUCCGGGGGGGCGGCGGCCAAACUGGAGUCUCCCGUACUGCAGACGUCGUCGCAGUCCUUCAUGGAGGUUUACUCCUGCCCUUACUGCACCAACUCGCCCAUCUUCGGCUCGCUCCUCAAGCUCACCAAGCACAUCAAGGAGAACCACAAGAACAUCCCGCUGGCCAACAACAAGCGGCAGGCAAAGGUAGCCGACCUGAGCCCCGCCUCCUCCGACAUAGAGGUCUCCUCCCCGAAACGCCACCGGCUGGGCGGGGACCUCACCCCCUCGGCGGGGAGCAACGGCGACUACCCGUGCAACCAGUGCGACCUGCGCUUCUCCAGCUUUGAGGGUUUCCAGGCCCACCUGAAGUCCCACCUGGAGAUGCUGCUGAGGCGCCAGUCCUGUCCGCAGUGCAACAAGGAGGACUUCGAAUCCCAGGAGGCGUUGCUCCAGCACCUGACGGUGCACUACACCACCACGUCGACGCAGUAUGUGUGCGAGAGCUGCGAUAAGCAGUUCUCCUCGGUAGACGACCUGCAGAAACACCUGCUGGACAUGCACACGUUUGUCCUGUACCACUGCACGCUCUGCCAGGAGGUCUUUGACUCCAAGGUCUCCAUACAGGUGCAUUUAGCAGUGAAGCAUAGCAAUGAGAAGAAGCUGUUCCGCUGCACGGCCUGUGCCUGGGACUUCAGGAAGGAGUCUGAUCUUCAGAUCCACGUCAAGCACAACCACCUGGGCCAAAGGUCGGGCCUCCCAGGGGGGCUGGGAGCAGGACUCAAGCCCCGGAAGUGCAUCUUCUGCGGCGACACAUUCGCGACCGAGGUGGAGCUCCAAUGCCACAUCACCACACACAGCAAGAAGUUCACGUGUCGCUUCUGCGGCAAAGCUUUCCAAGCCAUGCCGCUGCUGGAGAGACACCUGAGGGAGAAGCACUGCAUCUUCGACGGCGGCAGCGUCACCGGCAACGGCGGCGGCGCCGGCGCCGGGAGCGGCGGGAGUCACAACGGGACACCCAACGGGCUGGCUCAGACCUCCAAGCGAGGAGGAGGAGGAGGAGGAGGAGGAGGAAGUGGCGGCGGCGGCGGCGCAGGAGGCGCCGAAAGAGCGACGGUAGCGGCGGCCGAACAGGCCGACCUGCAGAACAUGCUGCUGAAGAACGCCGUGGCGGGGGGAGGAGGAGCUGGCCAGGGGGGAGACGCGGCCAACAGCCACGAGGCGAGCGGGGGGGAGGAGGAGCUGGACAACUCGGAGCCCAUGUACGCCUGCGAUAUCUGCGGUGCCGCCUACACCAUGGAGUCGCUGCUGCAGAACCACCGACUGCGCGACCACAACAUCCGACCGGGAGAUGAUGACGCUUGUUCUCGAAAGAAGAAGGCCGACUUCAUCAAGGGGAACCACAAGUGCAACGUGUGCUCCAGGACGUUCUUCUCUGAGAACGGGCUCCGCGAGCACGCUCAGACGCACCGCGGGCCCGCCAAGCACUACAUGUGUCCCAUAUGCGGCGAGCGCUUCCCCUCUCUGCUCACCCUCACUGAACACAAGGUGACCCACAGUAAGAGCCUGGACACGGGUACCUGCCGAAUCUGUAAGAUGCCCCUGCAGAGCGAGGAGGAGUUUAUAGAGCACUGCCAGAUGCACCCUGACCUCCGCAACUCCCUCACCGGCUUCCGCUGCGUCGUCUGCAUGCAGACCGUCACCUCCACCCUGGAGCUGAAGAUCCACGGCACCUUCCACAUGCAGAAGCUCUCCGCCGGCUCUUCGCUGGGAGGAGCCGCGGGAGGAGGAGGAGGAGGAGGCGGGAACGGUGGAGGAGGAGGAGGAGGAGGAGGGAACGGGUCGGCGUCCUCGUCCCCCAAUGGGCAGCUGCACAAGCUCUACAAAUGCGCCUUCUGCCUGAAGGACUUCAAGAACAAAGGGGAGCUGGUGAAGCUGGACGUCAACGGCCUGCCGUAUGGGCUGUGUGCUGGCUGCAUGAGCAGGGGCACGAACGGCCAGAGCCCCAGCCUGGGGGGACCCGCCACGCCGGGGGACGCGCAGGGAGAGAAGGCCGCGGCCGGGCUGAGGUGUCCGGAGUGCGGCGUAAAGUUCGAGAGCGCGGAGGACUUGGAGGGCCACGUCCAGGCCGACCACCCGGAGAUCAGCCCCGAAACCAGCGCGGCAGGAAAGAAGGCCGAGGCUUCGCCUGCACCGAAGAAAAAGACCUACCAGUGUAUUAAAUGCCAAAUGACGUUUGAGACGGAACGGGAGAUCCAGAUCCAUGUCGCUAAUCACAUGAUCGAAGAGCCCACCUGUCGGCCAGAGGAGGGCAUCAAUCACGAAUGCAAGCUGUGCAACCAGAUGUUUGACUCACCCGCCAAGCUGCUUUGCCACCUGAUAGAGCACAGCUUCGAAGGCAUGGGAGGUACCUUCAAGUGUCCCGUCUGCUUCACAGUGUUUGUGCAGGCCAACAAGCUCCAGCAGCACAUUUUUGCCGUCCACGGCCAGGAAGACAAGAUCUACGACUGCUCCCAGUGUCCGCAGAAGUUCUUCUUUCAGACGGAACUACAGAACCACACACUGAGUCAGCACGCGCAGUGAGACCGAGGCCCGGCAGGAUCUCUCGACUCAGCCGGGGCCCCCGACCCGGAGCCGGCGGGGGACUCCCAUCUCCACAACACAGCCAAUCAAAGUGUCAUUUGCUACUCACAUGUAAAACUCUAACGAUCGCGCCACUGGGCGCGGCUAUUAGGAGCAGCGGGGGAAAGGAAUAUUAAUGGGAUGUGCUAUUAAAUGAAGAAAGGAAAAAUUGGGUGAGAGAAACGGUGAGAGCCACGCGACGGAAAGAGAGUGGCGAGGAAAAAAAGGUAUUGUACGUGCAGUAUUUUUUAUUGUCCCCCGCGAACCCCCUCCCGACCAGCCUCUUCCUCCUCUCCUCCCCCGGGUCAGGCGUUUUAUUUUUUUUUUAACAAAUGGAAAAGGAGAAAAAGCAAGAACAUUUUUUUUCUUUCUUUUUAAUAGAUUGUAGCGAAAAAAUAUUUUUCUUUCUUGUCCCCUCGGUUGCUUAUUGUAUUUAACUUCAUAGGUGCCAAUUUUGUUGAUUUCUUUUUUCCGCCAUAAGCUUCUUUGUAUUCAUUUUUGUACCUUUCAUUUCCCGCCGUAAGUAGGUACUUGUGCUGUGUUGUGAUUGUUUGUUUGCCAGUCGUGAAAGAUUCCCAAGCCCCCCCCUGCCCCCCCGCCCCCGAAACUCUCCUUUUUAUGAUUAUUGUUAUAUAUAUUUUUCUUUUUUGUAAUUAUUAUCAAAAAAGUCUCAUCAAAAUAAAGUGCAGAAAACCAUACGGAUGUUUCUUUUUUGGGAUUGGGUUUUCCAGUCUCUAUGGGGCCUAUAAUGGUUAUUGUAUAAAUGAAUAUCAGCGAUUUCAGUGCGUCUGGUCAAUGACUGCUUUUUAAAUGUGAAUUAACCAGAUUGCAAUAAUCUAGUAAAGACAAAAAAAGAUAAAAACAAAUAAAUAAAUGACAAAGAA